CGUAGGGGAUGAGGCUCUCUAUGCCGUUGGGGACGACCUUUCCUCUCGUCCCUAAACGUAACUUCCGGCUUCCUGUUUCGCUUUAACUUUAAGUCUGCAGGUCUUUUGCUGGGAUAUUGUUUUGAUUUCUUGUCUCCUCCCCCUCUUCCCUCCCCCCCCCGCCCACUCCAAGGGCUUGAUGGAAAUUGAGGCGCAUAGUUAGAAAAUUCAGGUAAUCCAGCAGGUGGGAGAAGCUGUGGCUCCGUUUCCUUUUAGGGACUUUUUCGUGGCGUCAUUUGGACGAAGACCAUGGUAUUAGCAUUACACUCACGAAUGUAGUAUUGAUUACUGCGUGGUUCCUUUUUUAUAUGAAAAAAUAUGCAAACGAAGCAUCUACCGGUAUGUCCCAAAGUCAGAAGGAGUUGGCAGGCCUGAGUCGGCUUGAAUACUUGCAGGCCUUAGUCACUGAAUUCCAAGCGACAGAUAGUUCAGAUGCCAAAGAGCAAGUGUUGGCUAAUCUGGCCAAUUUUGCUUAUAACCCCCAAAAUUAUGAAUAUCUGCGGCAGCUCAAGGUCUUGGAUUUGUUUCUGGACAUGCUCACAGAGGACAAUGACAAUCUUGUGGAAUUUGCACUUGGAGGAUUGUGUAAUCUCUGCCUGGACAAAAUCAACAAAGACUAUAUACUAGAGGCUGGUGGAGUGUCAGCUGUUGUCAACUGUCUGGCCAGUGCCAACGAAGAGACAGUCCUAUCUGCAGUUACAACUCUGAUGUACUUGUCCACAGCCCAGUCCCGCCAAGAGAUCACCACCCUCCCUGUGAUCGAAUGCAUGCUGCGCUUCUCCCUCUCAAAUAACAAAAGGCUGAAAAACCUGGCCACUAUUUUCCUUGAGGAUUAUUGCAGCCCCUUUCAGGUGGAGCAGGCCAGGAGCCUAACCAGGCACACAGCAGUUGGGAUCCCACUGCCAAGGAUGAAUGCAGCCCAGGAGGCAGCCAACAAGAUCCUCCCUGAAUUAGGAGCAGGAUUCUUUCCUGACACACAUUCCAAAGGAAAAGAGAAAGAAUUUGUGACAGGUAUUCUGCUUUAAAAAUGGCUGUAAAUAGUCUUGAGAGUUUCCUUUGGGAAGCAUACAGUGGACUUUUGGAACAGAUGGGUUCCUUUCGUACUCUGAUGUGCUUUUCAAUUCAUUUUCAGGUUAUUUAGAAAUAUGAACCAGUUGCCAUAAACUAGUUGCUAAAAAGCCUUGGUAAAUAUUCUAGACUGUUUGUAGAGGAGAGUUGAGAGAAUAGAAAUAUAUGUUCUUUGACUGAGUAUAUUUUUCAGUAAGUAGCAGGGUGGGGGGAGAUAAUGAGUCAAAGAGCUGUCUUACAUUUUUAGAGCUCU